UGGUGUAUUCAGGGUGGUAUGAUCGUAUGCAGAAAGCAACUUCCAGAGAUCCGUUCUCUCCUUCCACCACCGAGUCCUGUGGAUUGAACUGGGGUCAUCAGGCUUGGUGAUAAGCACCUUUACUGACUGAGCCAUCACGCUGGCCCAGAAACAGUCCCACUUCAGAGUCUGUAGCUGAACAAGGUCCCAGGUGAUUCCUAUGCCUAGCCUUGCCCUCUGAAGAUUUGGACACAGAAUUGCUAAACUUGAGAGCUCUGGAGGUUACUGUGGACAGGCCUGCAGGGAAAACUCCUGCUCAACCCUCCCCGUUCUUUAUUCCUUGGACCAGAAGGAGUCAAAAAGCCAAGAAGGACCUCCAGCAUGAGGAUGGGAGGGGCAGCUGUUCUCUAGAACAGGAAAAGGGCAAUGUGGUGCCUCCAUAGCCGACGAUGCUGCUGCUGCCGUCAGAGGAAACAGAGGCGGGGAGGCUGUGGGGUUGUGAGAACCACAGAGUCUGCAGCUGGGAGCUGGAGCUCUGAGGAGUGGCACCUGUGUCUAUAAGGGGCUCAGAUCCCUGGGCCUCCCUCUCUGGCACACAGUGCUGCUUAGGACUGCCUGAUCUGCUUUCCCUGAGAAACAAAGGCUCCUGCCUUAGCUUUCUCCGAACGCCUCUGGUGAUCCUCCAGGCUGAGAUCUGAAUGUGACGACUAACUUAGUACCUGCAAAGGCCUGACCUCCGAAUUGGCUGAGUGCUCUCACCAAAAUUCCUAUACAAACCUGUUUCUUUCAGCAGUGUGCUUCUGAGAGUCUGCUGAGGGAUGAUGGGAAGUCUGCCCAGCAGAGCGAAAAGCCUCUCCAGCCCAAGCUCCAACCCCAAUCCCUCUGGUACGGGCCAGGGGCCUGAGUCGACACAAGCAAAGAGAAACAAGGUCACAGCUGUGGCCCUGGGCAGUUUCCCAGCAGGUGAGCAGACAGGACUGUCUCUGAGACUCGGGGAGCCACUGACCAUCAUCUCUGAGGAUGGAGAUUGGUGGACAGUCAUAUCGGAAGUCUCGGGCAGAGAGUAUCACAUCCCCAGUGUGCAUGUGGCUAAAGUCUCCCACGGGUGGCUGUAUGAGGGCCUGAGCCGAGAGAGAGCUGAGGAACUACUCUUGUUGCCUGGGAACCCUGGAGGGGCCUUCCUUAUCAGAGAGAGCCAGACCAGGAGAGGCUGCUAUUCCCUGUCCAUCCGACUCAGCCGCCCGGCGUCUUGGGACCGAAUCAGACACUACAGGAUACAGUGCCUUGACAAUGGCUGGCUGUACAUCUCACCACGCCUCACUUUCCCCUCACUCCAGGCCCUGGUGGACCACUACUCUGAGCUGGCGGAUGACAUCUGCUGUGUCCUCAAGGAGCCCUGUGUCCUGCAAAAGCUUGGUCCACUACCUGGCAAAGAUAUACCUCUACCCAUGACUGUGAAGGCAGCAGCACUCAAUUGGAAAGAGCUGGAUAGCACCCUGGUUUUGGAAGCACCUGCCAGUGGGGAGGCAUCUCUUCUCAGUGAGGGGCUCCGAGAAUCUCUCAGUUCCUACAUCAGCCUGACUGAGGAUAACUCCUUGGAUGAUGCCUAGUCCAAGCACAAAGUGAAAGGUACACCAAGGCCAUGUCACCUAAGACUCCAACUCAGCCGAACCUGAUGCAGCAGCUUAGAGGCAAGGCUAUGAAUGCAGGGAGGGUUGGGCUGGGAGGCAGGCACAUCCAGGGUCCCACCUGGACCUUCUGCCCCGGCCUCUCUAGACUGUAAGAAGUCAUUUAUCUCCUCCCAAGGCCUUCAACUUCUAGUCCAUGUGCAGUGCAGCUCAAAGCAGGGGCAAGCCUCUACAGAGAACAAAUUACUUCUGAUGUUUGCUAAGUCAGUCCCCGAGAGGAUGUCCAGCAGCAUUGCUGUGUUCCAUCCCCCGUUAUGACUGCUCACCAGCCCUACUAAGAAGCAGAUCCCCACUAGCAUGGAGACAGAGAAAAAAUACUAGAGAAAUUUACAAGACUCAUUAAGAAGGCAAGCACACCUCAGAUAGCAGGAUGGCUCAGAAAGCAAAGACAAGCAGAGCAUCUGAUGGCCAACCACAGCAGCCCCCACCUCAUCCCAAGUAGAGCAAGAUCAACCAUCUAGAUCUUCUAUGAUCCCUCACAUCAAGUUCCUUUUUCCACAGCCCAGCUCUCAGAUCUCUACUUAGCGUUCACCCAAAUACAGCCCAGUCAUACCCCACCCAGUCUCGCCAUCUGGUGGCCAAACACAAAAUGACACCAUUUAAGUCUCUCAUUGUAGACCAGUGCUGGGCCAGAACAUCAGACAGUAGACCCUCUACUCUCUCUGCAAUGUUAAAACCAAGGCACUAACUAUCACCAGCUCCAGCCCCUCAUUUCCCUGACAGCCAAAAAGAGAAAGAGGCCUGGCCGAAGCCGUUAUGGGAGCAGAGAGAGGGAGGGGGAAGGAGGGAGCUCUGCCCGAUACUGGUCCUAGGUUCCGAGGGUACAGGUGUGUAAGUGAGGCUUUAGUUUACCAGGCAUGUCAACACUUUCAGCUAGACUUGUUUAUUCAAGUAUGCGAAAACACUCUACAGUGGAAACUUAUUAGACGGCUGCCCGUAUUGUGCAAAGGCUCACGCACAUGGUGUUUUCAGAAGACUUGAGAUGCCAAUGAUAGUUUAAAAACUGUGCACCUGACGGAGAACUAAGGAAGACAAUUUCAUGUUUCAUCCGGAUCCAGAGGCCAUUAGAUUAGACAGCAGCUCCACUUGGCAAACAGCUGUUACAGAGGCGCAUAAAAUUAGACAGCAGCUCCACUUGGCAAAUAGCCAUUACAUGAUGGUGUCCAAGAAAAAAUGGUCGGUGAUGAACAAAUUCACAACUGUUUCCCCAAAGGUAGAUGGUUCUUUGAGAAGUUUCACAACCCUUGUAGAAAACACCGAUGCCCAAUACGAUGAUUCUAAGUCCAAGAGACAUGGGUCUUCUCAGUACCACGUGGCAGGAGUGCCCCAACAAGCAUGUAUCUGUGCUGUAAUAAAAAGGUCCUUUGGAUUGGACAGAAGAGAUGGGAGCAAAUGCCAUCAGUCAUAGUGGAUGGCAGUGUAAAAGAUGAUCCAAAUGACCUAGGGGAGACACAAGCAAUUCAUGUUGUCACCUGAAUCAACACAGCCCUCCCCCAUGAAAAUGGCACUGCCUAAAUCUGAAGUCUCCAGGGUACUCAAAGAGUAAGCAUUGUUAAUCCCAAAACAUCCUAUCAAAGAGAAGGCCUGUUCCCACGGUCACUUAUCAUUUCCCAGUUCUCCCUCUCUCAGCUACUGGCAACCACUAACCUACUUUCUGUCUCCAUGGUCCUGCAUAUUCUGAACAUUUCACUAAGUGGAAUCAUGUAGCCUUUUAUGUCUAGAUUCUUCCACUUAGCAUGUUUUUAAGGCUCACCUUUAUUGCAAUACCACAGAAAGUAUGUUUUACUGUAUGGAUAUAAAACAUUUUACACUUCA